GUGUCAACAUCAGCUGUUCGUCCCUUCGCAUUUUUAACUCGUACUGUGUGAGUUACGGCAAUUUUCCCGUGGGGUAUUCGGUGUUGGAAUAAAUAAAGAGAAAUGGACUACUCGAUGUCAGGAGGGAGGCAGCGUAAGUUUGGCUGGUGUUGAUUUGUUGCUGUGUCCUGCACAACCAGUAACCUCUUCUUUCCUUGUAUCUAAUUUCCCAGGUCCGUGGCCGUAGGGUAGUUGGUAGUGGUCCUGAGACUGCACCUACCACCAACACGGGCAGUAUGUACGACAAUCAUUAUGACCCAUAUGGGCAGCCACAAGGCCAGCAGCCUCCGCCACAGCUGUUUGAGGAUACCAGUGGUCAGAACUAUGGAUAUGGAAACCAAGGUGAGGGAGCAGCUGGUUACAGAGGGAAUAACUAUGGGUAUCCCCAAGGGGGUGGGCCACCGCCUUCAGGAGCUCAAGGUGGUAAUGCUCAAGGGGGGGCAGGAUACCCUCAGUACCCAGGUAUGCCAGGACCACAGAUUUUCCAGGAUCCUAUGGUAGCUAAUAUGGCCAUGCAGUAUGGCCAGAGUUUGGUGGGUCAAGGGCGAGAGUAUGUGGACAAGAAGUUGGAGAAAUAUGUCUCCAUGACCCAAAUAAAGUAUUAUUUCGCUGUCGACACACGCUAUGUCAUGAAGAAGCUGCAACUACUGUUUUUCCCCUUUACACACUCGGACUGGAGUGUACGCUACAACCAAGAGGAGCCAGUGCAACCCCGCUAUGAGAUCAAUGCUCCAGACUUGUAUAUUCCUUUAAUGGCUGUUGUAACUUACAUCUUAGUGGCUGGUCUCUGUCUUGGCCUUCAGGAGAG